CUUGUUUUCUAUUAUUUCAGUAUAUACCUAGGUACCUACCUAGACUCUACCUAUGUCAACACGAUCGAAUAACAAGAUAUGGAUCCUAGUGCAGCAUAUGAUAUACCUUUAGAUAAAGAAACGCGGCAAGUCCGCAUUCUGUUGCUCCACCGGGGAAGAUUUGACGAUCCUAUACGAGGCAGCUUGUCAGUUGAACCAGUGCAAGCCAGAUUCGAGGCUUUAUCUUACGUCUGGGGAGACAUGGAAGAUACGUUGCCUAUCGAGAUUAUGGACCGCGAGGUUAAAGUUACGAAGAAUCUGGAGACUGCUUUACGAUAUCUUAGAAACUAUGAUAAAACCCGCCGACUCUGGGUUGAUGCAGUGUGUAUCAAUCAAAGCAACAAUCUGGAACGUAUUCAUCAAGUAGGGAUGAUGGACGUGAUUUACAGUCGAGCGGAAUGCGUCAUAGCAUGGCUCGGUCUAGAACUGAGCCAGCUACCAGCUAUUGAGCUCCUCCGACACUUCGGGUCCGACCCCGACUUACACUGGGACCCGGCGAAGCGGGCAAGCUCCGGAAAUAAUUUUGAACCUCCAGCAUUUGAGUUGUUCAAGUGGCUCCAAAACCCAUGGUAUCAACGCAUCUGGACGUUGCAGGAAGCCGUCCUCGCAAAAUCACUCAUCUACAUGACCGGUCCGAUCCUUUUCCAGGAUAAAGAAUUUGAAGGCAUCAUACAAAGCCUUGCCCACCACGGCAAUUGUUGCAAUUCUAUAAGCAUCCUGGUCAGUUCCCGACACGCGGAUUCAGGUGUACCAUAUGCCGCUUUUCAGAGAGUGCUUAACUUAUUAUUCGAACUUCAAAAUCAAAAUGGCCGCCUGGGGUUCGUAGAGAUUGCAUCUAGAUUCCGUAACUGUGAAGCUACAGAUCCCCGAGACAAAGUUUUUGGGAUAUUAGGUCUGGUAGAUGAUAUACUUAGGGAUAUUAUCGACUACAAAAAGAGCACCACCGACAUCUGUUCGUUGGCCACCCUCGAGUGCAUCAGAAGAACCGGGAACCUAGAUAUCCUAUCCCAUGUUCUACCAAAGCAGCAGAGCGUAUCGGAAGAUAAAGCUGGACAAAUUAAGUACGACUUACCGUCCUGGGUUCCUGAUUGGAAUGAACCUAGAGCAUCUGAGGCCUGGCGUUUGGAGGGGUUGAGCGAACGUCAAGUCCUUACAAAGCUAUUCAGUGCUUGCCACUCGAAUUCCCAGGCCUAUCCCGAGUGCCCGUCCCAAGGGUCUUUACGCCUACACGGGCUUUUCUGCGACCAGGUUGCGGGAUAUGGCAUAGUCAUGAAACUCACCUCUAACAAUCUAGAGGGAUCAGAAGUAUGCCAGAGCUGGCGCGAAUUGCUCAAGAUUGACCAGGAGCCAGAACAGCCGUAUGUCUCUGGUUCAACUAUUUUCGACGCAUACUGGAGAACUCUGUGUAUGGAUUUUUGUUACUUUCCCAAAAACCGUCUUGAGCAGCCCAAGAGGGCGGCAAAGAACCUAAGGCUAUUGCAUGACCGUUGGUGGUGGGACGUUUUAUCAAACACGAAAUACCGGCACAUGGCUACCGGAAGAGAGAUGGGAGCUAAUUACAAGCGCCGCUUGAGAGUUUUUCCUCUUUUAAUCUCAAAUAGGUUGUCGGACCGGAAAUUAUUCAUCUCAAGGAAAGGCUACAUUGGGCUUGCACCGGAGGAUGCCCUGGAAGGCGACGAGAUAUGGAUACUCAAUGGUGGUAGAGUACCUUUGAUACUGCGUCCCAUAGGCAGCCAGUCAGAAAAGGUAUCUGGGGCCAACUAUACCUUGGUUGGAGAUUCGUAUGUUCACGGUAUUAUGGAUGGAGAAUUUGUCGAGGCUUCAAUGAAAAGGGGGAGAACGCCAAGACCGGUUGUUCUCGUCUAGGUACCUGUCGCCGUCGAGUGUUGAGCAUAAGGUCUGAAC